ACCAAAUACACUUACUUCCAUACACUGUUUCUUCUUUUCGUCUUUAUCUACUCGUACCAUUUUCAUAGUACUAUACACAUAACAACAAAAAAACCCUUCCCCUUUUGGCCUUUCCCUUUCCUAUUCCCUUUUUCUCCCUAUAUAUACACACAAAAAUUUCAUCAAACCUUUCCAUUAUUACCAAGUCCAAGUGAUAGUUUUACUGCAUCGAGCUGUUCUGAAAAAAAAAAAAAAAUGUCUACAAACGACAAUGAAAUUGAUAACAACUUACUUACAUUGUCUUUAUCUUUCCCUACCGCCACCGUACCACCACCACCUCCUCCUCCACCACCGGAAUCCUCCCACGGACCGCUUCGUCGUCCUCGUAAACGAAAAUUACCUAGCCAAACAAAAAGUGACACGAUAACUCCACCUUAUCCAUGGGCUACAAAUCAACGUGCCAAAGUGCACUCUCUUAACGUGUUACAUUCUAACGGUGUUAGUAAUAUUAUUGGUGAAGUGCAAUGCAAGAAGUGCGAGAAAAAAUAUGAGGUAAGUUUUAAUUUGCGCGAGAAAUUCGAGCAAGUUGGAAGCUUUAUCGCAUUAAAUAAAGCUUCCAUGCAUGACCGGGCACCGGACAUUUGGAUGAACCCGGUUUUUUUGAAAUGCAAGUAUUGUGAACAAGAGAGCAGUGUUAAACCGGUUAUUGCAUCGAAGAAGAAAUCGAUAAAUUGGCUAUUUUUGCUAUUGGGACAGUUUAUUGGAUGUUGUACACUUGAACAGUUGAAAUAUUUCUGCAAACAUAACAAGAAUCAUCGUACUGGUGCGAAGGAUCGUGUUCUUUAUUUAACGUAUUUGACUCUUUGCAGGCAGCUUGAUCCCAGUGGCCCUUUUGAUCGUUGAAAGUAGGAGAGAAAGUGUUGUAUUCGUAAUUUGGAUUGAAAAAGGUGCUAUAGUUUAAAGAGGGGUUCUUUUUGUUAUUUGGAGUGAAAAGGUGCUAUGGUUUAAAGAGGAGUUAUUGGAAAGAAGUGUUCUUUUUGUCAUUUGGAGUGGAAAGGUACUAUUGUUUAAAGAGGGGUUAUUGGAAAUAAGUGUUCUUUUUGUCAUUUGGAGUGGAAGGUGCUAUAGUUUAAAGAGGGGUUAUUGGAAAGUAGUGUUCUUUUUGUCAUUUGGAGUGGAAAGGUGCUAUAGUUUAAAGAGGGGUUAUUGGAAAAAAAGUGUUUUUUUUGUCAUUUGCAGUGGAAAGGUGCUAUAGUUUAAAUAGGGGUUAUGUAAAGUUACUAUUGUUAGUGUUGCUGUUGCUAGGAUGAUUGAGAUCAAGGUAUAGUUGAUAGAAAGUUUAUGUUUUGGUUUGUAGCCAACUUUUAUUUUGGGCAUGAUUUGGCUAUAUAUAUGUCCUGUUGUUUUUCACUUUUUUUUUGGGGGUUGGCUUCUCUUGUUUUUUACUAUUAAUGUUAAACAGUUUAAUUUUUGCUCAUUCACGAUGUCCUGUUUUAAUGUAGUUAGAAUUUUGUUUUUAGUGGAUUUUGAUCAUGUCUGUAAAUUUUGUUAUUUUUCUGUUCACUCGGUCAGUUUAUCUUUACUUUUUCAUGUUCGAUUUGACA